AUGGCCCCUAAGAAGGACGAGAAGACCGCUUCGCAACCGGCUGAUGCUGCUGAGCCCAAGGCCGAUGCCAAGCCUAAGGCGGCAAAGGUGAAGAAGGAGAAGAAGGCGCCUGCGAAGAAGGCCGCGAAGGAGCCGGUUGCUGGUAGCGAGGAGGGCGAGAAGAAGGCUAAGAAGAAGGCCAAGGUCGCCAAAAGCGAAACCUACAAGCUGUACAUCUACAAGGUGCUGAAGCAGGUUCAUCCUGACACCGGUAUCAGCUCCAAGGCCAUGUCUGUUAUGAACAGCUUCAUCAACGACAUCUUCGAGAAAGUCGCCACCGAGGCAUCCCGACUGAGCCGGUACAACAAGAAGCCCACCGUGACGUCCCGCGAAAUUCAGACGGCAGUCCGCUUGGUACUGCCUGGCGAGCUGGCCAAGCACGCGGUUUCGGAAGGUACCAAGGCUGUCACCAAGUUCACUUCCGCCUGA